GUCACGUCAUUAAAAUAAAAAAUCUCUUUCGUUUGACUGCCUACUUUUUAAUAACGUUACUUAUUAAUUACCACGUUAAGAUAUAGAAAUAAACAUUAUAAAAAUAAACCCAUUGCGUCCCACAAAGAAGAAAUGACCUUUUAUGGGAAGUGUAGUUCGUUGUAAAACCAACUCUCAUUCUCCCCAUAGCGCGAACACGUUUAGGCACUACACCUCCCACAAUGCAUUUCUUCGAUUGCGGAAGUUUGGGCUAAAAUUAAAAAGACGCAUGGUAAACUUUGUCGGAAAAAUGUCACAGCACGGCAUUAAGAAAAGAAAAUUAGACAGGAGCACGGAGGACCACAUGUACUUUGACAGCUACUCAGAUGUUACUAUCCACGAGGAAAUGAUCGCCGACGCCGUGCGUACCAACGCGUACAGAACUGGCAUUUUUCAAAACAGUAAGUCAAUAGAGGGGAAAGUGGUGCUGGAUGUGGGUGCCGGUACCGGCGUCCUUAGUUUAUUCUGUGCCCAAGCUGGUGCCAGGAAGGUUUACGCGGUUGAGGCGAGUUCGAUCGCCGAUCAGGCUGUGAGAAUCGUAAAACUGAAUCAGAUGGAGGACAGGGUCGAAGUGAUUAAAGGGACGCUCGAGACGAUCGAUUUACCCGAACAGGUUGACGUGAUAGUCAGCGAGUGGAUGGGGUACGCGCUCCUUCAUGAGUCCAUGCUCAAUUCUGUGAUCUUUGCCCGGGACAAGUGGCUGAAGCCCGGUGGCCUCAUAUUACCUCACAAAGCGGAUCUCUUCAUCGCCCCCAUUAACGAUCUGGUGGUGGAGGGCCGAUUGAACUUUUGGAGCACUGUUGAAGGACAAUACGGUGUGGACAUGUCCUGCAUGACCGACUUUGCCAGGAAGUGCAUCAUGAACAACGACAUCACCGUUAGUCCGGUGACGGUGGAGGACGUGCUCUCCCAUCCGUGCAAGUGUGCCGAGUUGGAUUUGCACACGGUCACGCUCGAGCAGCUCAAAGAUGUGCGGGGCGUGUACAGAUGCGAGUGCUUCGGGUCGUCCUCCAUCCACGCGUUGUGCGUGUGGUUCACGGUCACUUUCCCCUCAGAUGACAAGGACCUAGUGCUCUCCACAUCUCCGUUUAAACCGGAGACCCAUUGGAAACAAGCUGUACUGUACUUGGAUGAUCCGGUGGAUGUGAUGCAGGAUACUCAAGUUGAAGGGGAGAUCAGUUUGUACCCCUCUGAGAAAAAUUCUAGGCACAUAUGCAUCCGUGUGGACUAUGCCAUAGGCGACCAAAAAAAGCAGUCCAAAGCUUUUUCUAUUCCCGAUCAAUAUUUAGAGGUAUAACAGAUUUGCCUCUUACUAGUUACAGUAUAGUCACCAAGUUGCACAGAAUGACACUUUCGCCAUGAAUUUGGGAACUGUAAACCUUCAAUGUCUGCAAGAGUUCAGGUUUACAAGCAUACAGUGUUGAAAAAUAAACCGCUUGUAAAUGUUUGGAACUGCUUAUUAAAAUAGCAGAAACACGACAUUGCGUUUUUGUCUUGUAGCCUCACUCAAAGAUGAAAGCAUUUGUCUCAGGGUUGAGGAUGGGCGUGAGGAACAGAUUUGAGCAUUGCCACAUCAUUCACAGUUUCAAGAUUUAAAAAGUUAAAAACAUUAAUGAUAGAUCCAACUAUGGCUAUGCCAGUGAUGUUAGAUCAACAGAGUAUAUUCUGAUGAAUUAUGCCAGAGAAGAUUAGUGUAAUAGGAUUCAAGUCUGUAGGCUGUGUAGGAUAUGGAGUAAAAAUCUGUUUACAUUAUACCCUUAGGAACAUUAACAAUCCUUUUAUUAUAGUAAAAUCCAAUAAUCGUGUUUUUAGUGGAAGCGUGUUUUACUAUAAAUAUCAUAAACUACGAAUACUGUAGUAACUGUGGUCAAUUUGUGUUAACCUAAAGUGAUUUUGGAAUAUUGAAAUAACAGUUCCAUAACCAUGUUCAUUUAGUAGGAUAAAGAAUUACUUUAUAUGACUUCUGUUGCCUUUAUAUGAAGAAUACUGUAUAUAUCAAAUCGUGUAGAAACUAGAUAUGUACUGAAAUGUUUCUUGACUAUGCAAUAUAAUGAUGUUCUUUGAGGGUUCAGUCUAUGUUGUGAAUCAGAUUUUUAUAGUAAAAUUACAUCUAUUUACAUUUCAUAAUUCCAGCUGUUCAUAGAUAAUUCCUCAAUUGCCAAGUCUUGUUGUAUUAACAAUGUUUCGGAUUAUUAAUGAACGCAUUUUGAACAUAUACUGUAAAUCACUAAUCCUCAAGUUCACAUUGUUGCUAUGCUAAGUAGAUUCUUUAAAUUUAUGCAAAUUUAUGAUUUGUCAUUAGCAUGCUUUCAUAGUCACGCUUGUUUGAUGUUUUCCAUUUAAUACCAAUAAUCCAAAUAUCUAACCGUAAUUAAGAAUUAGAUGUAUUUAUUUAAGUCCUGCUAUUAAUAGCUGUGUAGAUUGCAAGCAAAUUAAAUCAAAGCGGUGUCUCUGUCUCCUAGACAGCCUCGAUGAGGGUCAUCCGCAUAGGCAUAUCAUUUUAUCCAAUACAUCCCUUGGUAUGCUAAUGAUGUUACUGUAAAUAAACCAAGAGAAAUCAUUUGCCGCCUGCCACUUACAGUAACCAAUAUUUGUUGACAUCUCUUGAGAAGACAAAUUGCAAGCAUGUUAUUGACAAAUCCUAAUUUGGAGGACCACAUCCCAAGGCACUGGGCGGAUCUCCAUGGCCAAGCAGCGAUUUGUCAUCAUUGUCAUUAGCAGGCCAGUUUGCUUUCAUUAUUACCAUAGUAAAAAUCAGCCCUCAUGCCGGCAAGUGCCAGAAGGUCUCACAUGGUCGUACAUGUCCUCAUACGUGAUUUAAAACACAGAAUUUUAAUGAACAGCAGCUGAAAAUCAGAAAUCCAAAUGGUUGGUUUUAAUUAUGAGUUUUAUUAUAAUGUUUACUGUGGGUUUGGAGGUUUUUGUGGGCUUUGUUGUGUUUGAUUAGAUCUGAGUUUGAGGAACAUCAUCUGCUGCUGUGAACAUUACCUUAUCAUGCAAGUUUACUCAUCUUAAAUGUAAAGAUGUAUGAGUGUGGUGCUCAAUAAAGACUGGAAAUGUCCAUGCCUUGCCUUAAAAAGGCAUGUGAUUUUUAUCACAAAUUUAAAGUUGGGAAUUUGCUGUCAUGUGACUUUUUAGCAGUUUCUAUUUCAAUUCACAGUCAGCAGUGGUUCAUGAUUAAAGUGAUAGU